AACAAGAGGCACAGAAAAGUUAGGAGCGGAUUUUCCUGUCGUCUUGCCUGCAGCAGCAUCCGUCGAGAGCAUCAUGGCGAAUAAAGCACAGCAGCCUCCUCACCUGCACCUGGCCGAGGUCACCGCGUCCCAGUUCCUCGACAUCUGGAAACAUUUUGACGCUGACGGUAAUGGCUACAUCGAGGGGAAGGAGCUGGAGAACUUCUUCAGGGAGUUGGAGAUGGCCCGGAGAGGAGCAGGGGUGGACCCUUCAAACCCCACAUUCAGAGAAAAGAUGAAGGAGUUCAUGCAGAAGUUCGACAAGAACAAAGAUGGACGAAUUGAGAUGUCAGAGCUGGCCCAGAUUCUCCCAACUGAAGAGAACUUCUUGCUCUGCUUCAGACAGUUUGUCAGCUCCAGUGCUGAGUUUAUGGCGGCAUGGCGGCGAUAUGACACAGACCGCAGUGGCUACAUUGAAGCAAAUGAAUUGAAGGGCUUUCUGUCAGACCUUCUGGAGAAGGCCAACAGACACUACGAUGACCAGAAGCUGCAGGAGUACACACAGACCAUACUCAGGAUGUUUGAUCUGAAUGGAGAUGGGAAGCUGGGCCUGUCGGAGAUGGCAAGGCUUCUCCCUGUUCAGGAGAAUUUCUUACUCAAAUUCCAGGGUGUCAAGUUGACCUCUGAGCAGUUCAAUGCCAUCUUCACAUACUAUGACAAGGAUGGGAAUGGCUACAUUGAUGAGCAGGAGUUGGACGCUCUGCUACGAGACCUUUACCAGAAAAACAAGAAGGAGGUGGACUUGAAGAACCUGACGGGCUACAAGCAGAGCAUCAUGAGCCUGUCCGAUGGAGGGAAGCUCUACCGUGGCGAGCUGGAAAUCAUCCUCUGCAGGGAUCCGAUUGUGUGACUCUUUCUCCUCUCUUGUUGUAUAUCCUCAUUUUCUCUGCCUGCCCUGCCCUGCUCUCCCCUAACCACACACACUCUCAGCUGCCUGGCAACAUAUACCAGGUGCAUGUGCCAGGACCCCCCUCCCCCCGCCAUCAACCCCUCCUAAAGCUACAACUUCAGGAUGAAUGAUAAGUGCACUGUCAGCACGCAACAGCUCUUCUCAUCUGACCUCUCCACCCUAACCGUGACCUGUCUGAAACCUUUAGCUUGUCCCCUUUUCAGCUCUCCCCCAUGUCCUCAGCCGUUUCUGACCUCAUCCCUGCCCAUGCUGUGCCUGACUUGCAACUCCUAGCCAAAAGCCCGAACCCAUUCUUCCACAGAAAUGACGUUUUGACCUGUUGAUAACCCCUAAACCUUGACCCCAGCUUCAUUGACCCCUCCAUUCCCUUGCUCUUUGAACUUUGCAUUAGAUACAAUAUAUAGUCAAACAAAACUGCAGACAGCUGUGUUUGAAUUGAUCUAAUUUAUAGUCUGUGAUGGAACUGGUAUUGAUUUUUCCACCUCUAUUUGUCCUGAAGCCCUCUUGUUCCAUUGCCAUGAUAUGAUUUUCAUUUUCAGUGUUUGUUUUUGGCUGAUACUGUCAA